AUGAAGAUUUUUCCAACGCUUUCGAUCAUUUCUGCUGCUUUUGCAUCCGACAACUCAACCGUUUCGAAUUCAAGAAGCGCCAGAGCCAGUAAGGCAGAAAUAGUUGCUGAAAUGGAAGAUGUCCUGUAUUUAUGCGAUCGUAGAAAUUUUGAUAAAGAUGAUUGUGCAAGAAAAGGAGUAGAAGAGCUCUUGCAGAUUGCAGGGGAUUAUGACUGCUUCGUUUAUACAUAUCCAGCAUCUUCAUGGGGACAAUAUCAUGCGAAAAUAGGAGAUUCCGGAAUGACCUGCAGUAAAAGCUCACAACGAGAAGUUGACGAUGGAGCAUUUGAAGAAUGGUGUGAUUUUUGCUCAAAAUACUGUGAUGACAUUCGGUGCGCUCGAGAAUGUUUAAUGAGAACUGGAAAGCUCUUCUGCGGAGAAAAUCCUGCAGCUCUGAUUGUAUCAUCAAAUUAUAUUGGUGGCUGGACGUACGGAGGUGCUUACCACACGAGCAAAUUUUCCAAAACUUGUGCCGCUUUUUGCCAUUAG